AUGAUGAUUAGAAGUAUAUUAGGGCUUCAAUCAAGAAGAAUAAUAUCUAGAAGAGCUAUAUAUCCAAACCCAUUGGUUUAUAGAUCAUUACAUUCUUCAUUAAUAAGAUUUCAGGAACCUGUGAAACCAAAAGAAUCACAUGUGGCAACACCAUCAACACCAGCUGCUAAAUCAGUACCAAAAAAAUCAUUAUGGGAAAAAAUUAAACAUGAAGCUAAUCAUUAUUGGGAUGGUACUAAAUUAUUAGGUCUUGAAACUAAGAUUUCUACAAAAUUAUUAUUGAAAAGUGCUGCUGGUUAUGAAUUAACUAGAAGAGAACAUAAACAAUUGAAAAGAACUACACAAGAUGUUGUUAGAUUAGUGCCCUUUGCGAUGUUUAUCUUGGUUCCAUUUGCUGAAUUAUUAUUACCUGUUGCUUUAAAAUUAUUCCCAAAUAUGUUACCAUCAACUUAUGAAUCUAAAUUAGAUAAAGAGAAAAAAAUGAAAAGAUUAAGAAAAACUAGAGAAAUUGUUAGUGAAGUUUUAAGAGAUACUGUUCGUGUUAGAUUACCAAGUUAUGUUACUGAAGAUCAAAAGGCUGAUUUUAGAGAAUUUUUCCGUAAAGUUAGAUCUGGUACUGAAUCUCCAUCAAAAUCUCAAUUAUUAAGAGUUGCAAGAUUAUUUAAAGAUGAUACUGUAUUAGAUAAUUUACAAAGAGCUCAAUUAGUUGCGGUUUCUAAAUAUAUUAAUACUUCACCAAUUGGUACUAAUCAAAUGCUUAGAUUUAGAAUUAGAUAUAAAUUAUUAAAAAUCAAACAAGAUGAUAAAGCUAUUGAUUAUGAAGGUAUAGAUCAAUUAUCAACAAUUGAGUUACAAGCCGCUUGUGCUUCAAGAGGUAUUAAAAUUAAUGGUGUUGCUCCACAUGAAUUAAAAGAUGAUUUAUCAAUUUGGUUACAUUUAAGAUUGAAAGAAAAAAUUCCAUCAACUUUAUUGAUCUUAUCAAAUGCUUAUACUUAUGGUGAUAUUGAAUCAAGAGAAUCAUUAUAUGAUGCCUUACAAUCAGUAUUAAGUGCUAUUCCAGAUGAAUUGUAUCAUGAAGCUGAAGCUGAAGUUGCCAAAGAUGAUGUUACAAAUAAACAAAGAUUAGAAUUGAUUAAAGAACAAGAACAAUUAAUUAAAACUGAAACUAAACAAGAAGAUGAAAGUGGUACUGUUGUUCAAGUUAAAGAUAAAAUUAAUUUAGAUGAUGCUGAUCGUUCAACCCCAAGAAAACCAUUAGAUAAAUAA